CAUCGAACAGUUCACAAACUGUUCGCUGAAUGUCCCGUUCGUUUACGGCCCUAAUAUUUACACUUGACACCUUCAAAUUUAAAAAAAAACUGAACAAAAUACAAACAAAACCACCCUCAACGGCCGACCAGUGCUGACGUAUCUGAGACGCUACCCAUCUUUCUCCUCGUUCAUGUGUUCAGAUCUCCUUCUCUGUUCUCUCUGAUCUGAUGAAAAACAUUACAAGUUAGCACCUCGCCUAGGGUUUCUUAAUUUUUUGAUCAAUUUAAAUCAAUCAAUAUGUCUGCUCCACCAGCUAGAGGUCGAUCGGAUCACGAUUAUCUCAUCAAACUCCUUUUAAUCGGCGACAGCGGCGUUGGUAAGAGUUGUCUUCUGUUACGUUUCUCAGAUGGUUCCUUCACCACUAGUUUCAUUACAACCAUAGGUAUCGAUUUUAAGAUAAGGACCAUCGAGCUUGAUGGGAAACGCAUCAAACUGCAAAUCUGGGACACUGCUGGUCAGGAGCGAUUUAGGACAAUCACAACAGCAUAUUACCGAGGAGCCAUGGGUAUUCUGCUGGUGUAUGACGUAACCGAUGAGUCAUCCUUUAACAACAUCAAGAAUUGGAUUCGUAACAUAGAACAACAUGCAUCUGAUAAUGUAAACAAGAUACUGGUUGGAAACAAGGCUGAUAUGGAUGAAAGCAAGAGAGCCGUGCCUACCGCAAAAGGCCAGGCACUUGCAGAUGAAUACGGAAUCAAAUUCUUCGAAACUAGCGCAAAAACAAAUAUGAAUGUCGAGGAGGUCUUCUUCUCUAUAGCGAAGGAUAUUAAACAAAGACUUGCUGAAACCGACACAAAAGCUGAGCCUCCGACACUUAAGAUCACCCAACCGGAUCAGGCACCUGGAGGAGGUUCACAAGCCGGCGAGAAAGGCGGAUGCUGUGGAUAAAAGACAUAAGUUGCAUUAAAAGACGGCAUUUAUGACGCGAUUAAGACAUCCUUCUAAAGAAACGGAAUCUUGACCUGAUUAAUCUUUUGGAAAAGCAGGCUUGGAAAGAAAAUGAUUAUGGGAAAAGAUGGUCAAAGUUAUUAUCAAUAAUUGUGAGAUGAAAAGACAUCAAUAAUUUUUAUAAUAAUAAUGUAGAUGAUGCAUCAAGCUUGUUGGUUGGAAAGUUUUCUGUUUGAUGCUCACCUUGUAGUUUGUAAUUGUUUAAGGAAUGAUAAAGUUUGAAUCAGUUUCCACCAAAGCUUGUUGUUUA